AAGGCACAAAAUGGGAAGAUGGGUCAUAGAUUUCCGAUGACAAUAAUGGCAUGAACGGAAUACUAUAGGUUAUAUAUCAUAGCGUGCAUGAUGGACAAGAUAAGUCUGGUAGCAUUUGCGACUUUUCUGAUCGUCCACGUUUUGAUUAUUGUGAGCAUCGCUACACCUGACUGGAUUGUGUCUGACAUUGGAGGGAGCAUCCGCCUGGGUUUGCUGUGGUCGUGCCAGACGACGCGCGGCCGGCCCGAGGUCUGCUUCGUUCCGCGCCUCUGCGCCGAGUGGCUGGUGGCGCUGGUCUGCCUGCUGUGCAGCUGCCUCUGCGUCUCCAGCACGCUGCUGACGCUGGUGCUGGGCCACUGGAGCAGCCAGUUCCAGCUGGCCGCCCGCUGGCUGGGCUUCGCCGCCGUGAUUUUUCUCUGUCUGGCUGCGGUGAUCCUGCCGGCGGGCUUCCAUAUGGCCGAGAUCGGCGCGUGGCCCUACCAGCUGCCGCCCAGCUACACGGUCGGCGUCUCCUACAUCCUCUUCAUCGUGUCGAUCUUCGUGACGGGCAUAGCCGAACUGUGUGCCAGCAGACUUUGUCUCUCGCACCGGUGAAUGGACGGCUUUGUUCUGUGGCGUCGAUAUGGACGCAGGGUGACCUGUGCCCUGUGGCGUCGAUAUGGAC